UUCUGGACACAUGUUAAUUGAAGCGGAAGUUCUACUUAAGUUUAUAAACGACAUGACGCCCGAGGCGCUGAACAACUGGCUCAACAAGCUGGUGCCGAGGAAUCAGUUCAAGAUCGAGAGCUGUCUGAGGGGACUGGUGCAAGACCACAACAGACGCGUGGACCUUUUAAACCAGCACAUCGGGUUCGCGGUGCGCGAACGGGCCACAUUGCAGCAGCUGGGCCGCGUGCUGUUCUGCGGGGAACGCGACCCGGACGAGGACCCGGUGUGCGCGAGGAUCCGGGACAACGCGGACCUGCAACAGCUGUACGAAGGGAUCAUGGCCGCGGGCUACGAGGAGGAAGUGGAAUCACUAUCCCGCGUCAACGUGAACGCCGAGGCCGGCAAGCAGGUGCUGUCCAUGAUACUGGCCAAGCACCAUUACUUCACGGCACCGCCGUCGAGCCUGCCGCGGCUCAGGGCGCAAUUGAACGCGGCCACGGCACCGCCGACGGACAUCGUGGACUUGUGCUCGGACAGCGACGAUGACGAUGACAUAGGCGACGGUGACAACCGCGUCCGCGACCGCGAGAUGACGGAGCAGCCGCCGUCGACGUACGCAAGCGACGACGGCGUACGUGAAAAGGCCGGUCAAGCGGUUGCGGCCGACGCGGCCGUCUGAAAUGACGACGGACGAGACGACGACGAACCUGCAUUGUCUCUAUGGUGCAAUCGGCAAACGCAGGGAUGAGUGGCUGCCGGCGACGCACGGAAUUACCGUCGUCGCGAAUCGCAAUAUUAUUUUGUCGUAUACAUUGUCGCAUUAUUACAUUUUUCGCUCCAUUUUUUUCGUUUAAUUUUUUUCUCAUGUCCGUCGUCGGCUGUUAAUUCUGUCCUCCGCGUACGGGAAUGUCAUAUUAAAAAUAACAGAACCACCUCCCUUCCCUAAAACGGUUAGAUUUUUUUUAAAAAAAAAGUUGGUUUCUCAAUCUACGUAGAGAUUAUUUUUUCCGAGUAUACUUAUUUACAUAAAUCUCAUACCGGUCCGAUAAAUAAUUAAUUAGAGAUGAAAACAUGUUUGAAACGCACUCUCUCCGUCCUGCCGGUGGGCGAACAAAAAAAAAAAAAAAAAAUAAAUAAAUAAAAUAAAAUAAAAAAUAAUAUAUGUUUCUAAAAUAACCGGAAUGUUCAAUAACUGGUGUCGUCGUCGUCGGUGUGAUCACAUUUGUUAAACACAAUUACCAAAUCAUAAUUUUAAAAUAAAAUAGUAAUGCUUUUAUAAAACACCCUAUCAAUACUAUAAAUAUAUAUUGGAUACUCGUUAAUUAUAAAAAUGUUUAUGUUAAGCAAUGGGAUUUUUUAAUCGAU